AUGGAGUUGGCAUCCAACGGUUCGCUCGACGGAUAUCUCAAAAAGAAUCCAGAUCUUCGUCCCGAAGUCUACAACGAGAUGAUUCUUCAAGCUGCAUGGGGGCUGGAGUACUGUCACGAGAAGAAUAUCAUCCAUCGAGAUAUGGCCGCUCGUAACUGUCUUUAUGGAGAUCGCCAGGUCAAAAUUUCGGAUUUCGGGUUGUCCCGUCCGGGACCCUCGUACCGAAUGGAUUCUUCUAGAAAAGUGCCGCUUCGCUGGUUGGCUGUGGAGACUCUUCUACAGUAUGAAUACUCGUUUAAGUCGGAUGUCUGGUCGUUUGGAAUUGUCGCUUGGGAGAUUUAUAUGAAGGGGAUCGAGCCGUAUCCUGGAAUGACUGUCGCGGAGGUGAAUGAUCAGGUGAAAAGAGGAUACCGAAUGGAGUUCCCGCCGAAUACCAAUCCAGAAGUCGCCAAGAUGAUUAUGGCCAAGUGUUGGGCCGAAGACCCAGUAAGUCGCUACACAAUGACCGAAGCCGUUGGUUUUCUUCGCGACUUCUUCGGAAUCAAACGUCAUGUUCCGGCUCCUAAUAAGACUCGAGCGAUUCUUCAAUCCAGCCGCCGCAAGGGCCGUAUGCCAGCCAAGACUCCGAAAUCUCCUGGUUUCAAGGCCAAGAAAUGA